UUCAAAUAAUUAUAUAAAAGCCGAACAUGGCACUUUGGACUCCCUAUAUGGAACAAUUAGGGGUGAUUUUUGACAAGGAUGUGAACCAAAUCAAGAUUAUUCUAUGAUUCUUUGUUGCUUUCUUUCUCAGUUAUCUCACUGCUUUCAUAAAAUCUCCAAAUGCAAGAUAUUUUUACUCAGUAAUUACUGGAUUUAUAUAAUGAACGUGUUCAUGUUUGAAGAAGCAGUGAUACAUCCCAUUUCCAUGCUCAUUGGUACUUAUCUUAUUAUGAGAAUCUUCCCCAGAGAUAAGCAGCAGAUCAUCAACUUCGUGUUCCUCUACACUUACCUCUCAGCUCAACACAUACACCGCAUGGUGUACCACUACGGUGAGUGGGGUGGAGAAAUCACGUCAUUCACCAUGAACUUGGUCUGCAGACUCACUUCUGUUGCUUUCUGAUACUGUGACGGUACCAACAACAAAGACAAAGACUUCCAGGAGCAACCAUCGUUCAUGUGGUUGCUGGGCUACACAUACAACACUCCGAGCUGACUGGCAGGACCAUUCUUUGAGUUCAAAGACUACAAGCAUUGGAUACUUUUGAAGGGAGACUACGCAAAUAUUCCAAGCACAUUCAAACCAGGGUUCGCUAGACUUGCAACAGCCUUAUUGUGGAUGUGUUGUGCAACUUUCGCUACCAUUUAUUUUAAACCUACAGAUUUGGCAACAGAAGAGUUCUGCAAUAAAACAUAUCUCUUACAACUAUGGGGUUUUCUUCUAACAAUGAAUAACUUUAAAUAUACAUACUACGUUGUUUUCGUAAUGAAUGACUCGGCCUUAAUUGCAAGCGGCCUUGCUUGGAAUCCUCACCCUCGCAGAUCUAACAACCCUGAUUUUAAAAAAGUUAAAAAUAUAGAUGAGUGGAUUAUCGACACUGGAUAUUACUUAAAGUGGCAAACAGUAGGCUGGAACAUCUCUAUAUCAGUGUGGCUUAAAAGAUAUGUCUUUAAAAGACUUAACAGCUAUUUUGGAGGGAAACCUGGUGUGAAGGAAUAUCUAUUGACAUUUUUAUGUUCAGCCUUUUGGCAUGGUUUUUAUCCAUGCUACUACUUCUUUUUCUCCUAUUUCGCUAUUCUCCUGUUGGCUCUAGAGGAAAUCUAUGAUAACUACUCGUGGUAUUUCAUGUGGAUACCUCAAACCAUUAGAAGACUUAUUGGGUGGAUGGCAAGUUAUAUCUUCUGCUGCUAUAUAGUUACUGUAUUCGCCCUUUAUGACGUCAGAGAUGUACUAUACUACUUUAAUUGUCAAAAUUGGCUCUAUCAUAUAAUAAUUAUCCUUUUCUUGGCUUUUUCCUUUUCCCCAGCUGGGAAAAGCCUUAAAAGAAGUAUCAGAACACAGAAAGCACUUGCUGUAAAUAAUUCAGCUCAGAAGAAGCAGGAUGGCAAAAAGAAAAAUUAG